AUGGCGGCGGCCGCCGGUGCGGGGGAGCGGGGUGGAGCCGAGCUGCCGGAUGGCGGCCCCGGCGCGGACAGCGGGAACGUGUCCCAGAGCCAGAGCAGAGCCUCCGGCCUCGGGGAGGCGGAGGACGAGGACGCCUCGGAGGCGUCGCUCAGCGCCACCGCCGCCGCCUACUCCGCGUACCUGCUCGCCGACCGCAGCCUCUUCAGCGAGCAGAUAGAAAGCUUAGACAAGAGUCUAGAAGAUUUACUGACCAGGGUGGAUGAAUUCGUGGGAAUGCUGGACAUGAUUCGAAGUGAUUCCUCUCAGCUUGUCAAUGAAAGUAUACCUCAAAUUUACACAAAAGCUACAGAAAUGAGGCAGAUAUAUAGGAAGAUUGACAAACUAGAGGCUUUUGUGAAAAUGAUUGGGAAUAGAGUAGCUGGACUGGAAGAACGAGUCAUAAAGGCAGAAACAGACCUUGGAGCUUUUCCAAGCACAUUCAAGAAAAUCUUGCACACAAUCAGCAUACCAUCCUUCCUUAAUAAAUCGUCUUCCUCACGACAGCAGCAGACCCUCUAUGAACCUCCAGUCCUCUUCAAGACUGAAGACUACUUUCCAUGUCUUAAUGAAGCACCUUAUUGAUGAUUUUUGCUUUGGGAUUGAUAUGAAUCAGCCAGAAUAGAGAGAGCCAAGUGAACAAAAGGAAUGCAACCUCAGAACAGCUGCAUUUUCUAGGCACUAUUGAUGGCAUAUUGCCAUUCUGAUUCUCAUUGUCUUCCUUCAGGCAAUAUUUUCAGGUAAUCUUUAUUUGUGCACAUUAUUUCAAAAGCCUUCCUAAAACACCGUGUAGGUUUUCAGAUUAUUUUGGGGGAGGAAUUUAAGAAUAUUUUUGCAUUACAUUUUUUUAAUAUGGAAAUAACAGGAAACAUACCAUUGUAAAUAAGUUUUUUAACACAUAAAUAUCUGUGCUGCUGCAAGUGUAAAUAGCUAUACCACAAGGAUAGGGAUUUGCCUUUUUUCAUAAUGUGCUGAUUGAGGUGAAAGAAAAACUAUGCAUAAAAUCAUCUAUUCCAAGGUUUUAAGCCUGGUCCCUGCAGUUUGUACAGAGAAAUGCACCACAUUGGGAUGUACUUGUUGCAGGGGCAGGACUUGGAAGAUCAUCGAGGAAUCAAGGACAUGGCUCAAUGCAUGUGAUGUAGUCCCCAGUCACAAAGCAAGCACCCUGUCCCACUGAUGAUCCUCAGCUCACAGUGACCCAAGCUUUUAAUUAUUGCAUCAUUGUAUUGUUUGAUGUGUAACCAGGUGGGCAUGAAACAGAUUUUUAUAUAUAAAGAGAUAUAUAGAUGUAUAAAACCUCUAUCUAAGUUGAGGGAGGGAUGUUGACCCUGGACUGAACCUCGAUUGUACCUGACUAGAUUGAAUUUCCGUCACAACUCUCUGUGAUUACUGAGGCUUCCUGUGCUGAUUGCAGUUUAUAUUAUCAAUAAACUAAUAGCUGGCUAA